AUGGAGGGAAUUGAAUUCCAUCAUGAUGGUGAAAGUAGUUCCAGUUCAAUAAACAGGGGUCGAGAAAUUCAAUCUUCAUACAUGGGAAAUAUUAUUGAACAGAUUGAUAUGGCUUCAAGUGAACAUAUUGAGUUGUUGGAUAGUUGUGAAACUGAAAUAAUAAGCGACCCUCGACAUGAAUUUGUUGUGGAAAAACAGAUUUACAAGGAUAAAGAAACACUCAAUGCAGUUAUGAGGCAAUAUGCCUUUAUGAAGCAGUUUCAAUUUCGGGUGAAAAGUUAUCAUCUUGUAUGCCCUGGUGACAAUUGUUCAUGGCGUUUAAAGGCCUUAAGUCUAAAUGAGUCAAGGCUUUUCAAGAUUAGGAAUUUCUGUGAUGUGCACACAUGCUUGUUAAAGGAUAGAAUUUAUGAACAACGUCAAGCAACUUCCAAUGUCGUCAGCAUUAUUAUAAUGGAUAAGUAUGAAGAUCCAAAAACAAUAUACACACCCAAGGAUAUAUAUAGGGACAUGAGGAAACAACAUGGUGUAACAUUGACCUACAUGCAAGCUUAUAGAGCGAAGCAAAAGGCAAUGAUUAUGUUACGAGGGGAUCCCACCGACUCGUACAGUAAAAUUCCAGCCUACUUAUACAUUUUACAGAAGACAUAUCCGGGAUCGGUUGUAAGAUUGGAAAAAACAGAGGAAGACUGUUUCUUGUAUACCUUUGUAGCACUGGAAGCUUGUAUUAGAGGAUGGGAGUAUUGCAUACCUAUAGUGGUGGUUGAUGGAACCCAUCUUAAAUCAACUUACAAGGGGACUAUGCUAAUUGCUUGUACAUUAGAUCCAAGAGGUAGUAUACUGCCGCUUUCAUAUGGUAUAGUUGAUUCCGAAAAUGAUUCAUCUUGGACAUGGUUCUUUGAGCGGUUCAGGGAUGCUUUUGGUGAGAGGGAGAACAUGUGCUUUGUGUCGGACAGGCAUGAAAGUAUAUGGAAUGCGAGUGCAGCAGUGUACCCUGGGCUGCCUCAUUAUGCCUGUAUUUGGCAUUUGUGGAACAAUUUAAUUAAGCAAUGCCACAGAAACAAAGAGCUGAUGAGGAAAUUAUACUAUGCAAUGGCUAAGACAUACACCCUCCAAAAGUUUAACGAAUGCAUGGGAAGGGUGACCAAAAUAGAUAGGAAGCUGAAGAGAUACUUGUUUGAGAUUGGUUAUCAUAAAUAG